AAUAAACGAAAUACUCUUUAUUCGAACGACAACGGGAUCUCUUGUUCAGUAGAUCACCAGCCUUACUCCGACGUUUAUUACGAAUUAUUCGGUGACUCGGUGACAACUACACAAAACUGCGUGCGGUGCUGUAGAGAUUUUCGCUUGAUAUUGUGAAAAUUCUAAAUAAAAUAAUAUAUAUAUAUCUAUAUAUACAUAUAUAUUUGACGCGAAAAUACGCGUAACGAGUGAAUUAUUCUGUUACGAAUCUAACGGUAAUAUCAAUUGAAAAUCUGACAUAGCAAAAUGUCGUCAUCGCAAGCUGUACGCUCCUCGAAAUACUCCUACCGGGCAACAUCCACCGGACCCGCCGGCGCCGAUGUGAACAUCGAAUACAUCGCCGACAUGAGCUCGCUCUCCCGCUUGGAGGACAAGAUCCGUUUGCUCCACGAUGAUCUGGAAGUUGAACGUGAGCUGCGUCAAAGGAUCGAGCGCGAGAAAGCCGAUCUCAGCGUUCAGGUCAUACAGAUGUCCGAGCGUCUUGAGGAAGCCGAGGGUGGUGCUGAACAUCAAUUUGAAGCCAACCGCAAGCGUGAUGCUGAGCUGUUGAAGCUGCGCAAGCUGCUUGAGGAUGUUCAUCUUGAAUCUGAGGAGACCACCAUGCUUUUGAAGAAAAAGCACAACGAAAUUAUCACGGAUUUCCAGGAACAAGUCGAAAUCCUAACGAAAAAUAAGUCUAGAGCCGAAAAGGAAAAGGCUAAAUUCCAGGCCGAAGUUUACGAGCUGCUCUCUCAAAUCGAAAGCUACAACAAGGAGAAAAUUGUCUCGGAGAAACAUAUCUCCAAAUUGGAGAUCUCCAUUACCGAGCUGAAUGUGAAGAUCGAGGAGCUGAAUCGCACCGUUAUCGAUAUAUCUUCGCAUAGAUCUCGCCUGUCGCAGGAAAACAUUGAGCUGAUCAAGGACGUCCAAGAUCUCAAAGUUCAAUUGGACACAGUCACGUUUUCCAAGAGCCAAGUCAUCUCCCAGCUGGAGGAUGCACGCCGCCGCCUGGAAGACGAAGACCGUCGUCGCUCAAUGCUCGAAUCUUCCCUGCAUCAGGUUGAGAUCGAUUUGGAUGCAACUCGUUCUCAACUCGAAGAAGAGUCCGAGGCGCGCAUUGACUUGGAACGUCAGUUGGUCAAGGCCAAUGCUGAUGCCGCUUCAUGGCAAAACAAAUGGAAUGCCGAAGUGGCAGCCCGUGCCGAAGAGGUUGAAGAGAUCCGUCGCAAGUAUCAGGUGCGCAUCACCGAACUGGAGGAGCAUAUCGAAGUCCUUGUCGUUAAGGUCAACAAUCUGGAGAAGAUGAAGACACGCCUCGCCAGCGAAGUCGAGGUCCUCAUCAUCGAUCUGGAGAAGUCUAACAACAGCUGCCGCGAAUUGACCAAGACUGUCAACACCCUGGAGAAGCACAAUGUCGAACUCAAGAGCCGUCUGGAUGAAACCAUCAUCCUCUUCGAGACCAGCCAGCGUGAUCUGAAGAACAAGCACGCCGAUCUGCAGCGCACCAUCCAUGAACUGGACAAGGUCAAGGAUGCCAACGGUCAGCUCGGCCGCGAGAACAAGAAACUGGGCGAUGAUCUGCAUGAGGCCAAGAGUGCCAUCAAUGAGCUGAACCGUCGCAUGCACGAGAUGGAAUUGGAGCUGCGUCGUCUGGAGAAUGAGCGUGAUGAGCUUACCGCUGCCUACAAGGAAGCCGAGGCUGGUCGCAAAGCUGAGGAGCAACGUGGUCAGCGUCUGGCUGCUGACUUCAACCAAUAUCGCCACGACGCCGAGCGUCGUCUGGCCGAGAAGGAUGAGGAAAUUGAGGCUAUUCGCAAGCAGACCAGCAUUGAGAUCGAGCAGCUUAAUGCCCGUGUCGUUGAGGCGGAGACCCGCUUGAAGACCGAGGUGAUGCGCAUCAAGAAGAAGUUGCAGAUCCAGAUCACCGAGCUGGAGAUGUCUCUGGAUGUGGCCAACAAGACCAACAUCGAUCUGCAGAAGGUGAUCAAGAAGCAGUCCCUGCAGCUGACCGAACUCCAGGCCCACUACGAGGAUGUGCAGCGCCAAUUGCAGGCCACCCUCGAUCAGUAUGGCAUUGCCCAGCGUCGUCUGGCCGGUAUGAAUGGUGAGCUGGAGGAGGUUCGCUCCAGUCUGGAUAGCGCCAAUCGUGCCAAGCGCACCGUCGAAAUCCAGUGUGAGGAGGCAGCCACACGCAUCAAUGAGCUGAGCGUUGUCAAUGUCAAUCUGGUGUCGCUGAAGUCCAAGCUGGAACAGGAGCUGUCCGUUGUUUCCUCCGACUACGAGGAGGUGUCCAAGGAGCUGCGCAUCAGCGACGAGCGUUACCAGAAGGUCACCGUCGAGCUGAAGCAUGUCAUUGAGCAGGUGCAUGAGGAACAGGAGCGCAUUGUCAAGCUGGAGACCAUCAAGAAGUCAUUGGAAGUCGAAGUCAAGAACUUGUCCAUUCGCUUGGAGGAAGUGGAGCUGAACGCUGUUGCCGGUAGCAAGCGCAUCAUCAGCAAACUGGAGGCACGCAUUCGUGAUUUGGAACUGGAGCUGGAGGAGGAGAAGCGUCGUCAUGCCGAGACCAUCAAGAUCUUGCGCAAGAAGGAGCGCACCGUUAAGGAGGUGAUGGUGCAGUGUGAGGAGGACCAGAAGAACAUCAUUUUGCUGCAGGACGCGCUGGACAAGACCACUGCCAAGAUCAAUAUCUACAGACGCCAGCUGUCCGAGCAGGAGGGCGUCUCCCAGCAGACCACAACCCGUGUGCGUCGUUUCCAGCGCGAACUGGAAGCUGCCGAGGAUCGUGCCGAUUGUGCCGAAUCCAACUUGAAUAUUAUCCGCGCCAAGCAUCGCACAUUCGUCACCACCUCGACGGUGCCCGGUUCCCAGGUGUACAUUCAGGAGACAACAAGAACGAUCACCGAAUAGAUAGUUGAUCACUGAUCCGCAAACACUCACACCCCCUCCCCCCUUUACACACACAAACACACCAACACACACACACACAUAAAAUAUAUACACAUACACACAGCACCCCCAGCAGCAAACAUUUUAUAAUUAAAAGCAGACAAAACAAGAACAACAACAACUACAACAACAACAACAAAAACAGAACAUUUGCAGAAAUGAGAACUUUUUGAGAAUGAAGAUUUGCUUGAGAAGAACAAGAAACUUUUAUAAUUUAAAUUUUUUUCAGAGCUUGCGAGAGUUCGUAUAGGUUAUACAUUAUAAAUACAAAUAUAACACUACACAUCUCCUAUUUAUUUAUAAUAAUAUUAUUUUGAAGUUCAUGUAAUUUAAUUAAAAUAAUGAACCUAAAACCAAAAAACAAAUAAAAUUACAAAAAAAAAGUUUAAAAAAAAAGAAAAAGAAUCUAAACAAAGGCUUUGCAGCGCUAGAGAGAAAGAGAGAGAUUGCUUAUAGAGUUUGGCUGAUAAACAUUAACAACAACAGAAAAAUAUCCAAAAAAAAUAAAAAUAAAUCAAAAAAAAAGAUCAACCAAAUCGAACCCCAAAGAACGAGUUACCCGAGUUACAACCGCUUCUACUUGUUUUUAGUUCAUUUUAUGUUUAGUAGGUAAAUAUCUGUGUGCUCGUAACGAAUUGAUUUUACAUUAAAAGAAAAACGAUUUAAGAAAAACUGA